AUGCAAAAUUUACUCUGCUAUGCAGAAAAUAGGAAGGACAUCGCCCUUGAUGAUUUUAUUGAGUUGGGUAUUCGAAUGUUCACUGGGCAAGGACUAGAAAUAUACUUUAGAGACAUUCAACGAUGUCCCACUUUUCACGAGUACAAUAGUCUAAUCCGUGGCAGUAUACAAUAUAGCACAUUUUUACCGAUUGUAGAAUGCACCGCUGUUAUAAAAUGGGGCGUCCAGUUGUUAAAAUUCUGUGCCAAAAAAGAGAAAAUGGAAUUUAGUGAAAAUCUAUAUAAUAAAUUAGGCCUAGUUCUUCAAGUAUAUGGCGACUACAUUAAUUUGCACAACGCGAAGAUAAGGAAACUAUUUAUAGCAUUUAAAUUUUGUUUAAUAAUUUUCCACUUCAAUAUGUUAAAACGAAGACCACUAGAUAUGGAAAGUAAGAAACUCUUUGUAGACAUACUGGAAAGUUUUGGGAGUUUCGAGUAUACACGAAAGGAACUGGAAAAGUUGAAAAAUGGAAUUCUGACUGAUGCAGACAACAUGAAUAUGGGCAAAAAUCCAUAUUUGAAACGAGUUCUGGAAGAUUUGUUGGGUAAUUUGGAAACGGAAAUUUAUUUCGAUGAUUGUGACUAA